AUGAGCGUGUUUCUCCUACCACUUGGUACAUGUAAAGAGAUAGAAAAGCUUAUGGCUAGCUUUUGGUGGAAAUCAAAUUCUAAUAAAGGUCGCGGUAUUAUUUGGAUGUCUUGGGAUCGCCUUGCAAUUUCAAAGGAUGAAGGUGGGAUGGGAUUUAGACACUUACAUGAUUUCAACCUCGCUAUGCUUGCAAAACAAGGUGCUACUCGGGUCAUUGGAGAUGGCACCACUACAAGUAUUUUGGGUACUCCUUGGCUGCCGAAUGCCCAUAGCAGAUGUGUGUCUUCAACACAUCCUGGCCUGCAAAACAACACAGUCAACUCCCUUAUGCAGAUUGACAACCGUGAUUGGGAUUCUGAGGUGAUUUUGGAUUUGUUUCCAACUCAUGAAGCUAAUGUUAUACUCGACAUCCCUUUGACCAACACUACUAGACCUGAUUUCUGGUCUUGGAAAGCCGAUCAUAGAGGGAUUUUUACUGUUCGAAGCGCCUACAAAUCUGCUGCAAAUAGAAAAACCAACAGUCCCAACACAAAACAAUUCUGGUUUUUGGCGCAAAUUCUGGCACUUAAAGAUCCCACCAAAAGUGCUAAAUCUUCUAUGGCGUGCUAUUACCGACUCUCUUCCAACAUGUGUGAAUCUUCUGUUUCUUCUUCUUUUGGCAGCUGGUUCGAAAGUUUGCAGCAAACAGGUGACAAUGAUCAGGUUUGUAGAGUUGCUAUGUUAUGUUGGGCUUUAUGGAAAUCUCGCAAUAAUACAGUUUGGAACAAAAGGAAUUCUUCUGUAAAUGAUGUUCUUGCAUCUGCUUCUAUUACUCUUGAUCACUGGCGAAAAGCUCAGGAUAAAUUUGCUCUAUCAUCUCUGUCCCUCAAUAAUAGUGAUGACAGAGCCGAGCUUUGGACUAAACCUGCUAAUAAUUGUAUCAAGAUUAAUAUAGAUGCUGCGUUUUUUCAUCAUGAAAAUUCCUAUGGUUUUGGAAUUGUAGCAAGGGAUGAUUUGGGUAAACUAAUUGAAGCUAAAACAUGUUACAAGGCUGGUAACUAUUUUGCUGAGGUUGUGGAAGCGUUGGGAAUCAAAGAAGCUCUUAGUUGGAUUAAGAGCAAUAACUGA